UUGCAUGUGUGUGUACAACUCCGGUGCAACUGUAUUUUCAAGCCUCUAACAGUACUGUAGACCAAGAAAAUAGUUAUACAAUCAACGUAAAUCCUCUGUUCUGUUACGAUUCAUUCUGUCAUGUUCAAUGGAGUCAGAGAGCCGACAAGAAGUGACAGCGAAAUGUAAUGUUACGCCAAGACGAGGGGGAUUAACAUCUCGAAACACUCUGGGAAGGACACCGUGUUCUGGAGGAAGAAGAGUCAAUUCAAGUUUUAAAUCUCCUGUGCAGAGUGUGUCCUCCUCCCAGGCCUUGCCAGAGAGAGAGGUGGAGGAGCUGAAGAAGAAGAGGGAUGAGCUGGACUCCCAGAUCACCCUCCUGCAGAAUGAAGGGAUGGACAUUCAGGAGCUGGAUCAGCAUAUUGACCUGCUGCACGAGUACAACGAUAUCAAAGACAUUGGACAGACACUACUAGGACAACUGGCCACCCUGCGAGGAGUGACCACUCGGGACUUGUACAGCCUCUUCGACCUGGAGCUGGACGACUGAGAGGGGUGGUGGACACUCCGAGCGACUGCCCACUCCACUCCAUUGCCCUCUCACCCAGGGGGCGGGGUGGCAGCGGGGCACCAGGGCACCAAAUAUGGCCAAAUAAUCCCAGAAUUCCAGAGUGGGAAUUGGGAAUCCCUCCGCAGCAGGAUAGGCUCUGCCCGGGUUGACGUGGCAACAGUCCAGUAUUGUCACCCAAAGUUCCUGUCGGGCUCACAUGUUCUGCAUUAACAGGAGUGGAAGUCCGGUUUUGUUUGUUUGUUUGUUUGUUUGUUUUCAAUGCAUUUGGACGGUCAGUGAGAAAAUUAGACCAGAGGGGACAGUGGACAGAGACUCACAGGACAUUAUUCAGUGUGAGAUGAGUGAGGCGAGGGUGAAGCUUCUGGACAUCCUCUUGUGAUCAGUUUGAAAUGGUAAACGUUCUUUGUCAUGCUCCCAUCCAGGCCUUCCUCACAUUGUGCUGUAGUGGAGGGAGAGAGGAAGGAGUGUUGUUUUGCACUAGCGGAUGUUUGAAGAGUGGCGCUGGGUUUUGGUGAGGGAGUGAGUGAGUGAGUGGGUUCACCCAGGACCACAUGAGCACAUAUGGACUCCUAGUUGUGCUUGCCCCUCUCAGAAUUACCUGAGGUUAGUGUUUAGUGUAUAGUUUUAUGUUCUAUCAAUAAAGAGAUUGUUUUGUA